AAAACCACCGUCUCCCCCAUCAUCUCCACCUCGACCAGUGCCAAACGCCCAAACCCGUCGCCUGACGAACCGACGAGGAGCCCGACAUGGCCGGCAAGAGGUGAUACUCCAGAUCCCCGCCGCCAGAACUCCAUUGAAACGGCAGUCUCAUAUGUCGAAGGGACAGAAAGACAGUCCGCCUGGCGCAAUGCACAAGCCUAAGACUGGCUCUCCCUCCAACCCAAUCAACGUAGAUGACGACGCAGCCAUGAUCAAUCAGUUGUACACAGGAACAUACAACCUGGGAGAUGACGAUCCAACCACUUCCCAAUCCAACACCUCAUCCAACACCCAACAAAGAUACCAUGAAGGUGUUCGUAACAACGCUCCAUACUGCCAAAACUGCGGUUGGAGCGAUCAUUGCACAUACUAUU